CCUGGAUGUGGCAGGAGUCGGAGCGCAGAAGAUGCCUCAUUCAUGUGCUGCAAACCAAAUCUCAGGGAACAACAUUUCACAGCAUAUCGCUGAUCACCUGCGACGUCUGAUAACACCAGCAACCGUUAGACAGAAAGGAUCAUCUUCACAAUACGCCAUGGAGAAAUCCACCGCAAGAAAAGACUCCUCUUGCAGCUUGAAGUAGCGGCUUUUCUUCCAGGACGAGGAGCGGACCUUGAGGAGGUCUCCCCCCUGCAGGAGGAACUGGACAUCGGCAUCACCCUCCAUACCUGAGAGAGAGGUGAGCGUACAGUCAGCUGCUUGAAAUGUAACGUUCGUCCAUUUGCCUUGCAUGUGCAUGCCAAGAACACACAGCCCACCUAAGAGCUUGACAUUCUUUUCUACCACCUCCUGGGUUCUGGCACGGUGCAAUAACUCCUGGGAUCUGCUGAGUUUGGGUUGUUUACGCACACACGCCAUGGUAGGUGCCCCCCCAGGCUAGGCUAAUGUUGUGUGCUCAAGGCGUGAAGAGGAAGCGGUGCGUGGAAGGGGCGUGUAGUGCCGGCCCCACUCAAAGUUCACUUUUUAAUAUGUCUGCCAGGGCUGGGCGAUACUUCACACUUUGGUAUCAAUCUGAUACCAAGCACUUUUUUACUUGACUUUUUUUUCCCAGCUCAUUGAAUUUUGUGAUUUUUGCCUUUUAAAUUAGCUGAUCAUGAUUAUAGACACAAUAAAACACAGGACAAAUAUUUUAGGCAGAUGAAAAAAUGUAUUUUGUGCAAACUUAUUUUAAUUUAAAAUUAAAAUAGGGGAGGGACAAUAAGUCAAUAAUAAGACAAUAAGUCAUUUUACAAGAAUAGUCAAAAUAUUAAAAGAAAAAAGUUGUCAUUUUACGAGAAUAACAUCACACUGUUACGAGGGACAAUAACAUCAUUUUAGUAGCAUAAAGUUGAAAUAUUAAAGAAAAAACAUGUUUUUUAAAUUGUAAUAUUUUGAGAAACAAAACAACAAAAUAUGGUUGCAUUUUCUGAAACAUUAAAUUGUGGAAAAGGGAAUAAAGUCCUAAUAUUAUGAGAAGAAAAUCUACAAAGAUUAUUUAAGUUUAAAUUUGAAAUAUUUGGAAAAUGUAAAACAAAAAAAAAUUGUGGAAAAUUGAUAGUCAUGGAAAUAAGCUCAAAAAAUGUACAACAAGAAAGUAAUGGGGGGGGGCACAAUUUUACGAGAAAAAACUGUUAAUAUUUUGAGGAAAAAUCAUGUCAUUUUAGAGUUGAAAUAUUAAAGAAAAAAACAUGUAAUAUGAGAAACAAAACAAAUCAAGUGGGAAUUUUUGGACAAGUAGGUUGGGGAAAAAGUUAUAAUAUUACGGGAAUAAAGUCAAAUAUUAAUAAAAGUAAAAAGUUGUAUUCAAGUAAAAAAGUCACAAUUGUACAAGAAUAAACUCGUAAUAUUGUGAGGAAAAAUGUCAUUUUAGAGCUGAAAUAUAAAAAAAACCCUUUAUUUUUAUGAUAUUAUUAUUAUGUCUUUCAUAUGUCCUUCAUGUGUUCUGUGGUCAGUAUGAGUGACUUCCAUGUUAAUUUAAGACUAAGUUCCAACUUAAAACGCGCUGUAAGAAGGAAUCUCGCUUGUAAACCUCCUAUAAUACAACUAUUCCCUUUGAUUGCAUACAUUUUAUUGGAGGAAAGUACUUUUUUUAAAUAAUAUACAGUAUGUGCAUGGCUCAGAUCAAGGGUACCCUUUGCUGUCUUCAACUUCACUUGAGUAGUAUUUGAAAUUGUUGUUCUAACAACGUGUACUACCCCUAUCACUCUGACGUUUAUAGAGUGAGGAAGCUUACCAAACCAUAAAUUAAGCCUGUUCAUGUUUUUAUUUUGCGCUAGCACGACUAUGUUGUAAAAAAGUGUCUAUAUUUGGACAUUGAAAUGUUACAUGUAAAGCAUGUCUACUUUUGUUGGGAAAUUAACAAUAUUUUCUCUGAUAAUUUUGUCAUGAUUUCUACUUAGAAUUAAAGAAUGAUGUCUGAAAUUGGUUUCUAAUGUGUUUUAUUCAAAUAUUCUCAGUGUAAAAAAAAAUAACUGUUGUGUAAUCAUUAGUGAAAAGUACAUUACCUUCGUGUCCGCCUGCUGAUGAAAAUUUUGAAGAACAUAAUUCCAUGGAAAAACAAACCCCAUGAUGAUUACAAUGGUAUAUAUUCAUGGAAUAAUUACUCAACUCUGCAACUAAAGUGAUUUUUUUGUGUAUAAAAGAGUAAAAUAAGAUUAUUUGAACAACAGUCUAACACUGAGUGGACACCGAGUUAUGUACUUUACAUUUAAGAAAGAGUGAACUUCGGAGGGUUGCUAUGGGAAAUGGAAGAUGUCUCAAGCUCUGGUAUGAUGGGGGUGUGUUUUGCAAUGUUUGAAGUUUGUGUUGAUAACAUUACCAAGGUCUAUCCACGAGUUUAAAAUUUUAAAUGUAACACUUGGGUACCCUUGAUCUGAGCCAUGUACAUAUGCAUUUAUCAGAAAUGUAACCGUAUGGACGACACAACAAACAAAGAUGCCAUUGGAAAAUAAUCCACCUAAUCAAGCCGGUGUCGAUCCGAUACUACUAAUAUCCUUCGCAUCCGUGCUCUCGACAGUUGGAUCGAGCUGCUUGCAUGUUGGAAAAAAAGUCAUGGGCAUGAUUUACGCGUGGGUAAACAUGAUGCAGAGAAGGAAGGUAGACAUACUGUGUGUCCAGGAGACCAGGUGGAAAGGUGGCAAGGCUUGAAGUUUAGGAGCAGGGUUCAAGUUGUUCUAUCAUGGUGUAGAUAGGAAGAGAAAUGGAGUAGGAGUUAUCUUGAAGGAGGAGUUUGUUAGGAAUGUCCUGGAGGUAAAAAGAGUGUCAGAUAGAGUGAUGAGUCUGAAGCGAGAAAUCAAAGGUGUGAUGGUCUCAUGGUUUCAUUCCAAAAAAAGUACUACAGACGCAGUAUUUGCUUUGAGGAUGUUGAUAGAGAAGUACAGAGAAGGCCAGACGGAGCUGCAUUGUGUUUCUGUAGAUCUGGAGAAAGCUUAUGACAGGGUGCCCAGAGAGGAAGUGUGCUAUUGUAUGAGGAAGUCUGGAGUGGCAGAGAAGUAUGUUAGAGCGGUGCAGGACAUGUAUGAGGACUGGAAGACAGUGGUGAGGUGUGCUGUAGGUGUGACAGAGGAGUUCAAGGUGGAGGUGGGACUGCAUCAGGGAUCAGCUCCAAGCCCCUUCUUGUUUGCUGUGGUGAUGGACAGACUGACAGACGAGGUUAGACAGGAAUCUCCAUGGACUAUGAUGUUUGCAGAUGACAUUGUGAUCUGCAGUGAGAGCAGGGAACAGGUGGAGGAGAAGCUAGAGAGGUGGAGGUUUGCCCUGGAAAGGAGAGGAAUGAAGGUUAGCCACAGUAAGACAGAGUACAUGUGUGUGAAUGAGAGGGACCCAAGUGGAAGAGUGAGCUUACAGGGAGAAGACAUCAAGAAGGUGGAGGAUUUGAAGUACUUAAGGUCAACAGUCCAGAGCAAUGGAGAGUGUGGAAAAGAGGUGAAGAAGCGUGUACAGGCAGGAUGGUACGGGUGGAGAACAGUGUCAGGUGUGAUGUGUGAUAGAAGAGUUUCAGCUAAAAUGAAAAGAAAGGUGUACAAAACUGUGGUGUUGUUUGGUCUAGAGACAGUCCAUGAGGAAAAGACAGGAGACAGAGCUGGAGGUAGCAGAGAUGAAGAUGCUGAGGUUCUCUCUGGGAGUGACCAGGAAGGAUAGGAUCAGGAAUGAGUACAUCAGAGGGACAGCACACGUUAGAGGUUUUGGAGAUAAAGUCAGAGAGGCCAGACUGAGAUGGUUUGGACAUGUCCAGAGGAGAGAUAGGGAAUAUAUACUGUAGGUAGAAGGAUGCUGAGUUUGGAACUGCCAGGCAGGAGGCCUAGAGGAAGACCAAAGAGGAGGUUUAUGGAUGUAGUGAAAGAGGACAUGAAGGUAGUUGGUGUGAGAGAAGAGGAUGCAGAAGACAAGGUUAGAUGGAGGCAAUUGAUUCGCUGUGGCGACCCCUGAAGGGAAAAGCCAAAAGGAAACGAAGAAGAAACAUCUUGUGUGUUUUUGUAUAUUUUCUUAAAAGAAAAUGUUGAUUGAGGAAAAUCCCCACAAGUUCGAAAUGACAAUGACAUGACAUGAUAUGACAAGGUUCGAAAAGGGGAAAUGUGGCGAAAAUCUAGUUGAUUUGCAUUAUUCUUGUUCGCGUCGGUGUCCCGCAGUAAAGAGUUUACGGACGCCCCUUGCGGUGAGGGGCAGGAACACCAAGCCCGCUAGCAAGAUCACGAGUUAAACUCUUUCUUUCUUUCUUUUUUUAAGAGGAUCGUGUUUCACCAAAAAAAGUAUUGUGGGGGACUUUUCAAUAUGUGCUGACCGAAAACUACCCACAAGUUGGACACCUGCCACACCUUUCAUGACUUAAAAAGAACGUAUAAAAGGGAUCAGAAGAAAUCCAGCAGGCGGUCUUAAUGGAAUCUCCUUUCAUCUCGCUAAUGUAACCUCGUGUAGUUCGUCCUCAAAAUAAUCCACAUUACGACGUGAAAAACGGAUUAAACGGUCCUACCGUGCUUGGUUUCGAUUCCAUUUGUUUUUUUAUCUUCUGCGUCGCCCUUUUCUCUCGCGGUAACACCUUGACUUAACGCGUCUUGUUCUUCUGUAAAAUAGCUCGUGUCCAUGUGUAGAAUGGUGGUGAACAAAGGUCUCUGCUGCUGCUGGGAGGGGGUCGAUGGAAAAAAAACACACACACACCCAAAGACAAGCACACAGGUAAAUUUCGAAAAACGCCUCCAGCUAUCAGCUCCACUCCUGCAGCCUUGACGAACCUGCCAUGCAAGCUGGAGAUGGGCGGAUCGAUCCAAUUAUCGAUGGCGUCAAUACCACGUGUAGUAGUAUCACGUCGAUUGAAGCGUGAGUCACAAAUAUCUGUUCAUAUUGCUACAUUGCUAUUUAUAUAUUGUUAUAUUAUUAUUAUUACUGGACACAGGAAGUAUUUGAAUUACUAGUCGUUGUAGGUCGGAGUUUCAUAUUCUAUAGAUUCACUUCACAAUGUAUUUCUUCAUUUCUUAACCCAUUUCAACCCGCCGGUCACAUUUGUGAAGGACAAGAAUGAUUUGAUUUACAGGGCUCUAAAAAUUUUCUUGAGUAAUCUUUCAAAAUAUUUUCAGUAUAUAUUGUAAGAAUACAUUGUUUAGAUGAAAUGUAUGCAUUUACACAUGUUUGGAAUAAAUUAUCACAUGACCAAAGCUGUUUACUUCCUGGUUGCACGUUGAGAAGAAGAUGGCUUCCUCAACUCCUUCCAAAAAAAGGUCAGUAAAGUAUGUUCAAAUAAACAUAAAGCAAAGAUUUUUUGUACACAUGAUCUUUAGGUUGUAUAGUAAUGAUAUAUGCAUUUGCAAUUACUCAAAUAUGUUUGAUAUCCUUGCAGCAUGAGCAAACAUUUGCAUGGUCACAUUAGUGACCUGUGGGAUAGCGCAUUGUAGCUAGGUGUACACAUAGGUCUAUACAUACAAAUUGCUAGCUAUGUCUAAUUCUGAUCUUUUUUCUUGCUUUUAGAUUCACUUUGAAGUGCUUGAUAUUUUGGGGGUCGGUGAUGGUCCAGACAAGGCAUGCAACAUUGCAGUUAUCCCUCAAAGUGAAAAAGAUGCCAUUUUCAGUGAUUGUGAUAGUGAUGGAUCUGACAUGGACAAUGAGGGGGAGAUGGGCCAUUUAUAUGGGUAUGGAUGAACUCCUCACAUUCUAUGGGAUUCUUCUGGCAUCUGGCUACAGCACUGUUCCACGAAGACACACACACUGGUCAGGUGACACCGAUGUACAUAAUCUAUGCAUUUCCAAUGCAAUGCGGAGAAAUCGAUUUGACGAAAUAAUGGCCUCAAUACAUUUUGUGGACAACAAAAAGAUCACUGAAGAUCCAUUUUUCAAGGUUAGGCCAAUCUUCACCGAGCUGAACAAGUCUUACAAAGUCAUUCCAUUUCCAGAAUGUUUGUCAGUGGAUGAGAGCAUGAUAAGAUACUAUGGGCAAGGUAAACCAAUCUGUUUUGGCUAUAAGCUAUGGAGCCUUGCAUCAUCCAGCAGAUACAUGCAUCAUAUGGAGCCAUAUGGGGGACGCCACACGCUCCUCCCAAAGACUGGCUUAGGCCAGGGGCCAAGUGUUGUUCUUGGUCUUGCAGAGCAGGGUGAGAUGCCUCCAGGUUGCAAAUUCUACCAUGACAACCUCUUUACUUCUCUAUCACUCCUUGAUGAGAUGACAAAGGGGGGCUAUGGGAGCUGUGGCACGAUGAGGGAAAACCAACUCUUUGAUGUUCCCUUCAAACCAAAGAGUGAAUUCAUGAAGUUACAUCGAGGAACCUCAGAAGUUUUAACGCAAACAGAAAAGCUGUUGGUCCGCUGGAAAGACAACAAUAUUGUGACUAUAGCAACAAACACAGGGGAGCAAUAUACCGAAACAAUGGUCAAGCGAUGGAAUAAAGAGCGACAUGCCUUUGACCAAGUCCAUCAACCACAAUGCAUCAAACAGUAUAAUGAACACAUGGGCGGUGUGGACCUUCAUGACCAACAGGUCUCUAGAUACAGCAUCACAAUCAGGUCCAAGAAGUGGUGGUGGCCCAUCUUUUCAUGGUCUCUCAGCAGUGCACUCGUAAAUAGUCAAUACUUUUACAGAUUUGUUAUGGGAGGGAACAUUGAAUGUAUGUUGUCGAUUGAAUUUUGUACUGUGAUUGAUGAAACUGUAAGAUUGUCAACUUGUAUAAAAUAUGCAACGUGACAAAAUAUGUUAUUUUCAAAUAAAACAAAACUACCUGUUGACAUAUCUGCAGUUUUAGCCUGUGUUCACUUUCAGAGCUUUAAAGUGCGAUUACAGCAUAUUAUCCCACCGGUCACAAUUGUGACCGAUCAUAAAGCAUACAUUUUGACCUAUGUGUCGAUAUUUUUUUUACAUUUUUGUUACUGAUUACUUUAAAGGGCUACCAAUGACACAUGAUUUUGACUUUUAUAUGUCUGGGAAAAAUUUGGGAUUAAAUGGGUUAAUCAUUUUGAUGAUUAUCACUGACAGCAGAGACGUCCAGAGUGCUGUUUUUUAUUGAAAACAUUUACCAAUAAGGCAAAAAAAAACAACAACACAAUAGCAGCAAAAAAAAAAUACAAACAUCUGGAGUAAUUUUACAAGAAUAGAAUCAAACUAUUAAAAGAAAAAAGUUGGAACCAAACAAGAAAAAGUGGUGAUUUUACGAGAAUAACAUCAUACUGUUACAUUUUAGCAGCAAACAUUUCAAAUAUUAAAAGAAAAAAACUUGUAAUACUGUGAGAAACAAAACACAACUAAGUAAAGUGGUACUUUUAAAAAAAUAAGUAGGGCAAAUGUUAAAAUAUCGUGAGAAUAAAGUCUAAAUAUGAUGGGAAUAAAGCCAUAAUAUUUAAAGUGGGGGGAAAAUUAAACAUAAGUAGAAAUGGUACAAACAGCUGUAAUUAUACAGGAAUAAAGUCCAAAUAUAAAGAGUAAAAAGUUGUAUUCUAGUAGGUUGGGGGUAUGUUAUGAUAUUAUGCAAAUAAAGUCAAAUAAAAAUUUACAAAGAUUAUUUAAGCAGAAAGUUUAAAUAUUGUGACUUUUUAAAUUGUAGUUUGUUUGUUUUUUUAAUUAGGUUGGGGGAAAAGUUAUAACAUGAUGGGAAUAUAGUCAUAAUAUUACACUGCAAGCCUCUUUCCACCUCUCGUCAUUCAUGGCCAGCAGGUGGAGCAGGUUGACUGUUUUAAACACCUGGGGAUAGACAUAGACAAGAACCUGUCUUUUGGACACCAGGAAGACUCUGCUUUCAAGAAGGCACAACAACGCCUCCACCUCCCGAGAAAACAGAUCUUUUAAUGUUAGCAAAGACAUUUUAACUCUUGUGUACACUUCACUUAUAGAAUCCAUCUUCACAUAUAAUAUCUCUUCCUGGUAAAAUUUUCUCACACUCAAACAUAAAACAAAACUCUCAAGAAUCAUAAACCAGGCCCGUAAAAUCACUCAAACACCUCAGACUCCCCUCUGUGAAUUGCAUAGGCGAUCAGUGCUGAGAAAAGCCACUCUCAUCACGAGGAUGCCACACACCCCUUGCACCAGUCCUUCUCUGCUGCCGUCAGGCAGACGAUACAGAACCCCACUGGCCCGCAAAAACACCUACAAGAAAUCCUUUAUUGCAGUUGCAGUAACUAUGUUAAACAGCGCCCGGUAGCACUGUUGUUCUUGUAUAGUAGUAUUUUUUUUGUUUUUGUUUGUGACUUUUGUUUUUGUUGUGUGUUUUAUAUUGUACUUCAUUGUGAAUGAUUUUUUAUAAGCCGUGUUGGAAGACAGAUUUCUGUUAUAUACAACAGACAAUCAAGUUGUAUUCUAUUCUAUUUGAAAUAUUAAGAAUAUUAAGAAAAACACUUCAAAUUGUGAGAAACACAAAUUUCUAAUAUGAUGGGAAUAAUAUCAAAAUAAUAUCAAAUAUGGCAAGAAACUCUUAAUAUUACAAGAAGAAAAUGUAAAAGACUAGAGGUGGGCUGUGGGGGGCAACAGUAGAAAUGGGGAAAACAGCUGUAAUUUUACGGGAAUGAAGUCCAAAUAUUAGGAGUAAAAAGUCAUAUUCUAACGAGUAAAAAAGUCGCAAUUUUUAUGAGAAUAAACUCGUAAUAUUGUCGUUUUAGUAGCAUAGAGUUUAAAUAUUAAAUGUUUUUUAAAGCUGUAAGAUGAGAAACUAAACAAAAUAGUAAUAUUUUCGAAAAUGAUAUGGGGGGGGGCAGUUAUAAUAUUAUGGGAAUAAAGUCAUAAUAUUACAAGAAGAAAAUUACAAAGAUUACUGAAUUACUGAGGUGCACCUUAUUAAAAGGAACAGUCUCAGUUAUGGGUGCUAUUUCUGUAUUUAACACACAUAUAAGGCGCAUAUGAUGUUCAGUUGCCAUGCUCUCGCUCUGUUACCUUGCAUACCUGGCCAAGUUUCGCUCUUGUGAGUGUCUCCAGUUCUAGACCUCCUUGCUUAGCUUUUUGACUGACUUUUGAUCUACAUUUCUAGUGUCGUGUCUCGAGUCCUAUUUUUGUUGUACCUUGUUUUUAGCUCGACUUACCUAGUCCAUGUUUUUGUACCUAGCUCUUGCUUCAGUUUUUGACCACAAGUUUUUUGCUACUUCUGUUUGUACAUUUUCGUUAUAGUACUUUUUCCAUUGUGCUUUUCUCCUGCCUAGUCUGUGCAGCGUCAUUAGUUCCGCCUUUUGCCACCUUAGUUUUUCUGCCUACCUUAUUGUGCAGCUUCCUGAGUUCUCUGUGUGUAUUUUCCCCGCGGCUGUGCCCGGGUCAUGCUUUUGGGACUGCAUAGUUCCACCACGACUAAAAGUAAUAAAAUUACUAAAUUGACACCGGUGUGUUCUCUGCAUUUUGGGAUCCAAUCUUUCGGCUGUAAGCCACCAUGUGACAGAACAGAUAAAGGUAAAACGGUUUUCUCCAUUGUGUAUUUUCAAAUAUCGAGUUUGUGCAAAACCAAAAUCAGACCCUGAACAUGUAAAAGGUUUCUUCUUUCUAGAAAGUCAAAAUUACCCAAGUCUUGACAGCUUUUUUCACAUCCUGCUACUUCAUUUACUGCUGCUGUUCUCACCAACACACUUGUGCUUGUUAAGCUGGUACUUAUAAGAGAAUCCUUCAGCACACACACCGCAACUCACCACUUUCUCACCAGUAUGUAUUCUCAUGUGUUCUUUCAAACGAGAAGUGUCUCUAAAAUCUUUACUACACACUGAACAGGUGUGUCUUUUCAAAUAAUUAUGCCGAACAGCCUUACCACACACUGAACAAGUAAAAGGUUUCUCACCAGUGUGUAUUCUCAUGUGUGCUUUCAAGUGUUCAUUUUGUCUAAAACCGACUAAAAAAAAAAGACUCUUUUACGGACCUUUUAUGACUCUGUGGUGGCCUCAGCCAUCUUCUAUGCUGUGGGCAGCACGGACAGGGACAGGAGCAGGAUCAAAGGCUGAUCAGGAGAGCGAGCUCUGUCCUGGACUGUCCUCUGGACUCCGUGGAGGAAGUGGGGGAGAGAAGGAUGUUGGCUAAGCUGACAUCCAUCAUGGACAACACCUCUCACUCGCUACAUGACACUGUGGGUUCCCUUAGCAGCUCCUUCAGCAACAGACUGUUACACCCACGGUGUAAGAAGGAGAGGUUCCGCAGGUCCUUCAUACCGACCGCUGUCAGGCUCUACAACACCUGUACCACCUGAACCAUGUUGUAGUCAAUAUGCAUUCUUUACACUGUAUUCUUUACUUGCGUAUCUUGCUUGCUGCUGUAACAAGUGAAUUUCCCCGCUGUGGGAUAAAGUACAAAUACAAAUACAUUCUCAUGUGUGCUUUUAAAGAUUGACGAUGUCGAAAAGCCUGACCACACACUGAACAAGUAAAAGGUUUCUCACCAGUAUGUAUUCUCAUGUGUUUUUUCAAAGAUUAUGUGGAAAACCCUUUCCA